GCUUCAUGGGAGGAUGAAAUUGCAAUUAGCAAAUAAUCCCAUAAAUAGGACAGCUCGUUUAAAAAAUGUUCUUAGUUUUAAUCGGUCAUUAUCGCUUUUAAAAAGCAAGAAAUGAGCGGGCCUAAGACCAUAUUACUGCUUAGCCUGUUGGCUAUUUUUCUCGCCCCCCGGGAGACUGAGGCCCAGGCAACCAUCAGCGAAAACUGGAGCAAACUGGGCAAGUGCUCUCAGGUGGGCAUCGAGACCAUCAGCAGUUUGGCCAACAAAAUCGUCCCAACCUUCUACGAACUGAAACAAUGUUCGGGAUACGUGUCUCUGGAGCUGCCAAUCGGAAAGGGCCGAAAGAUUACCUGGUACUUGAAGGUCACCUACGAAUUCUUCAAGAAGCUGGUCUUCGACGAACCGAAAUGUCUGCACAAUCUUCUGAGCAAAAUAGCUCAUACAGUCAAACCAUAUGCAGAGCAAAUUUCUGUGUUGGGCUGCUUGGACGAAAAUGAUUUUAUCGUCUAAGGAAGAGAAUAAGAUUAGAAAUAAAUUCAUAAACAUUUUGAGCACUCAAAGGUAUCAAGUA